AUGGAGGAGGGUGGACCUCAGAGGCCGAAGCAAAUGAAGGAUGUGGUAACCUCUAGGUGGUUUAUAUUGAGGGCCCUGCACGAAGCGGGCAUGAUUUCCUUUGAUGGGCAUAAGGGAGAUUCUUGUUUGAUACACCCGGGGGCAAUGCAUGACAUGGAAACAUGCCCGACGGUAGAGGAGUUGUUUCAAGGAAUGAUAGACAAGGGCAUGUUUGAGGUUUAUGCGACGAGGCGGGUCGUUACAACACGCAUAAGCCCCCAAGGUUUCCAGCCUAUCUCAGUUAAGAAGCCUGCUCCUUUUCCCUACAAGAGUGACAAGGCGGUCCCAUGGAAGUACGUCUCUCAAAGGCCCGACCGAAGGAAGGAAGAUUCCAUCAUAGAUGAUCUAUCCGCCGCCAAGGUCACAAACAUCUCCGGCACAAGCGGCGUAACUCGUAGCGGACGGAUCUUUGCAACACCCAAGCUCCUGGUGCGAGCUAAAGACCCAAAGGGGAAGGCAAAGGUGGGCAUGGAAGAGAGCAGUAAGGCGAGCCCGAUUCUGGAUGAGGAAGUCCCAGCCGGACGGUUGGUUAAGGAAGAAGAGGACUUCAGCAAAAGAGGAAUAUCUGUUGAAGAAGCGACUGAGUUAAAGGUAAUUGAACAACUCAAUAAAACCCCUCCUAGGAUCUCCUUGUUAGGACUACUCAUGAACUCGGAGCCUCAUCGGGCACUUUUGGUUAAAAUCUUGAAUGAAGCCCACGUCGCCCAAGACAUAUCUGUGGAGGGCUUCAGGGGCAUCAUCAACAAUAUUACCGCCAACAAUUACCUCAUAUUCUUCGAUGAGGAGAUACCCGUCGAGGGUCAGGGACAUAAUAAGGCCUUACAUGUAUCCGUCAAGUGUUUGGACCACAUCGUGGCCAAGGUGCUUAUUGACAAUGACUCAUCACUUAAUGUCAUGCCCAAGGCUACCUUGGACAAAUUGCCUUUCAAUCCGUCACACCUAAGGUCGAGCUCCAUGGUCGUGCGGGCUUUUAACGGCAGUCUCCCGGAUGUAAGGAGGGAGAUUGAUCUCCCAAUUCAGAUUGGACCCCAUGUCUGCCAGAUCAUUUUCCAAGUGAUGGAUAUCAACCCGGCCUUAAGCUGCCUAUUGGGCCGACCUUGGAUUCACUCAGUUGGGGUAGUCCCUUCAAUGCUCCACCAAAAGUUGAAAUUUGUGGUGGAAGGGCAAUUGAUCAUAGUCUCAGGAGAAGAAGACAUUCUUGUAAGUUGUCCUUCUUCUACGCCCUAUGUAGAGGCCACGGAGGAGUCCUUGGAGAUGGCCUUUCAAGCAUUUGAAGUGGUGACCAAUGCUUAUGUCGAGUCUCCCCCGGUGCAACCACGCUCAUCCGAUGUCGCAUUAAUAGUGGCCCGUGUGAUGUUGGGACAUGGAUAUGAGCCCGACAUGGGUUUGCGCUGA